AUGGGUAAGCUGGUUAGCGUCGAUCAUUGCCGUGCGGGAUAUGCUGGACUUGGGUUGUUGAAGAAUCUUCUCAAAUUACAGAAUGUAGGAGGCGCGAUGUACGAAGUUGACAUGGCUUUAACGAUACCUCAAGCUUCUCAAAUUACUAGGAGAGGACGGAGAAAACGAAAAAUGAUAGCUAAUGCAAACGGAAGAUGGAGAACGACUACUAUUCCGUACAGAUUUGCAGUCAACGAUGUGAGUCUGAAUUGUCAAAUUUCUUCAAGAUUAAACUUUUGCUUUGAUCAAUCACAGGGCUGUUACACUGUGCCUAUAAAAGCGAGUUCAUUUCAACUUUCAGCAAGUUGGCAAUCAACUAUUCGUAUGGUUUUGAAUAAAUUCAGUCAAAAUACUUGUCUACGAUUUGUGGAGGGUACUGGACCAGACUAUCUCCUUUUCAACCAAGGCGAGGGAUGUUACUCAUCCGUCGGACGACUUGGAGGAGCUCAGGAAAUUUCUAUCGGUUAUGGUUGUGAAACGGAAGGAAUCAUCAGCCACGAAAUUGGACAUUCACUGGGAUUUUAUCACGAACAAGCUCGACCUGACCGAGAUAACUAUGUGUCGUGA